AUGUUUUGGUCUUCUAAAUCAGGGAUCAGUUCCAACUACUCCUACUCUUCCUCCCCCACUUUCACUGUAGAGCCUUGGAAUGUUCAUACUGGCAGGUCGAAGAGUAAUAGUUCUUCCAGUUCAACGUCAAGAGUUUCGGUGUUCAUAUUCGAUAAAAGACAUUUCGAAAAUCACUUGCUUACAUCCGGUAUAAUCAAGUCGCGAUCUUCAACUAGGGACAAACAAUUCAUUCAAAGUGCCUACGAUAUACUCAGAGCGCAGGUUAACCAACUCGCGAAAAUUAAGCACCCAAAUGUGUUAGCGCUUAUCGAACCUCUAGAAGAACAUUCGAAGAAUUUCAUUUUCGUUGCUGAAUAUGUUACGGGCAAUCUAGAGUCUAGCAUUAUGGAAGGAAAUUCUGGAGAUGAUUCUGACGUAUUGGAACUAUCACAACCGGCAGUUUCUGGAGACGUAGUUACGCAACGCGGUAUUUUACAAAUAUCUCAAGGCCUCGACUUCAUUCACAACCGUGCUAACUCAGUGUUGCUUGACCUCAGACCGGCGACCGUGUUGGUGAACGAAAAUUCUGAUUGGAAAAUUUCUGGUCUUGGCCACCUCACAAAACUACCGCCUGGUUCCAAUACGGGCCAAUAUACACCGGAUUUCAACCCCAACUUUCCCGCAUUUAUGCAUAUUCCUCUCAGCUACAGUGCACCGGAACUGAUAUUGGAAAAUAUGCUCACGCCGAAAAAUGAUUACUUCGCACUCGGGCUACUGAUUUAUUUUCUAUACUACAAAAGGGACUUGUUCACUUGUCAAAAUUACAUUGGAGAUUACAAAAAAGAGUUUAGCAAGUACGAAAAGGACUUAUUGCAACUGUCCUAUGAGAAGUAUUUUUCCAGGGUACCCCAAAAAUUAAGGUUCAGCAUGUCCAAAUUGAUGAACAGAGACGUGUUUUCUAGAUAUGAUAACAUAAAUGAGUUUUUGGAGAUUGAAUUUUUUCAAGAUCCUCUGGUUAAGACAUUGGCAUUUCUGGACGACUUACCGACAAAGGACUCUAAGGAAAGGAGUAUUUAUUUAAAUGGGCUCUUGGAAAUACUUCCUCAAUUUCCUCCUCAACUAUUACAGCGGAAAUUUCUUCCCAUUUUAUUACAGUUGUUGGAUCAAGUAUGUUCAUCAGACGCUAUAGACGAACAAAGUCUCAAUACGCUCGUUACUGUUAUAUCUAAGAUUGGUGCAACGUUAUCACAGCUCUCAUUUCAAGAGAAAGUGUAUCCACAUCUCGUCUCGGGAGAAACCUUUGGGAGACUAUUAGAGCAUGCUACGGCAAGUCUUAUCGAGAAUGUGGACAUCUUUCAAAGAAAAAUAAAAUCAGAGUUGUUUACCGAUAAAGUUUUAAAACCACUAUGCAUGCAUGUCUUCUCUAAGGUUAGUGGUGAAGCAGCUGUGCCAUUGCAGGUCUCAUUCAUGGAAAAGCUAGAUAUUAUAUUAAAAGCUUUCGAUUUCCCCACCGUUAAGAAUUUCUUAUUUGAUUUACUAUCCAAGCUUUUCGUUAAGACCACCAGCCUCACAGUAAAGAGUGCAUGCGUUGAUAGCUUUAGAACGAUGAUAGACCGCAGAGCUGUUGAUAAAUUCACCUGUGUCGACAGCUUGCUACCACUUUUCAAAGCUAUGAAGACCCGAGAUCCCCGCAUUCUUAUGAAAACUUUAGAACUUUUUCGUUUAUUCCCGGGGACAGUUCAGACUGAAGAAGUGCUAGUAGAGCAACUUUUGCCAUUGCUUUGGGAUCUUUCGAUGGCGAUGACUUUGAAGCCAACACAAUUUUCCGAGUUUACGAGCGUUAUCAACAAAAUUAGCACAGAUCUACAGGUUUCUCACCUCGAAAAACUAAAAGUAUCCACAGGAAAAGAAACUAAUUUUGAUAAAGUCAUAGAGAAACCUAUACGGAAAACGGAAGACCCUGAUUUACAAGCCUCUCACAAAAUUGGUGUUCCAGCCAUGCUGCCAAAGAUUCAGAAAGAGGCGAAUACUCUUAAGCCAUUUCCGAAACCUAGACUACCCGUUAGUACAUCAAAACCACUUCCGAAGCCAACAGCUAAGGCUCCCUCGAAGCUUACCACAGAUUCUCACGUUUCAACUCUAACACCCCGCACACGCACUAAAGCUCCUUCCAGACCAUUGGUUUUAACAAAGGGUGCUGCCACUGCAAGUGUGAAAUCAAAUCCUGGAUUUAAAUCUACUGCCGCACCCGAAGUACCCCUAAGACGCGACCACGAAGAUUUUGACGAUUUUGACGAUUUUGUAUCAUCUGCACCAUCUACCAUUAGUGCUAACUCAACAAAUACAUCAUCAGCUUUUCCACCAGGCUUUUCAAUGUCUAUUCAACCACAGAAAUUUCCAGCAGCCCGCCAAAAUAAACCUUACACCUCUACCGAAUCAUCAUCGUUAUUAUAG